AUGGCGAUCGGCGCCAUCUUAGAACCGCUCGUUGUGGUCAGCUUGCUGGCCUUCGGCACGCUCAUCAAUCGUAACAAAUACUACUCGUCCGCGCCGCGGUCCCCGGGUGCGUCCCGGCCGUAUCCAUGGCAGCACCUCAAGUACAGCUCGGAUGGCGAGUACGACGAUGUCGAAACGGGCAAUCCUCGUGAGGACGAGCGCGUCCCUCUGUCGAUGCCCCUGAGCCGGUCUAGCAGCAGCUCUGGCAGGACCCUCGCCGAAGACGACAUCUUCAAGCCGGUCUCGCCGUGGCGUCAGCGCAAGCUCAAGUUCAUGGGCUGGGAGAAGGAGGUCACAUCGCCGAACACCGAAGUCUUCAAGGACCGCCUGCUCAGCCGCCUUCUCCAGAGGUUCCCCUUCUUGGUUGAGGUUUGGUAUUGGGCUCUGAUCUACUGGGUGUACCAACUUGGCCGCGCCUUCACCGCCUUGACCUUGAAAGCUUCGACCGUUGACACCGCACGCGAGCAUGCCCUGCAGGUCAUCCACGCCGAACAGCGUCUUGGCAUUUUCAUUGAGCCUGCCGUUCAGCAAUGGUUCCUCCAGAGCCCAACUCUCAUGCGCUGGACCAAUCGCAUCUACUCCUUCAUCCACAUUCCGGGCACCAUUCUGUUCCUCAUCGUCCUGUACCAUGUUACGACCGCUCGGCCGCGACGCAAGUUACAGGAGGAGCAGGGCUGCCGGUCUACGCUUCCUGACAAUUGGCGCGAGCUGGCGCCCCAGUUCGGCCCGGCCGUGUACGAGAGGAGGAGGCGGACCAUGGCCAUGUGCAACUUGCUGGCAUUCAUCGUUUUUACCUUCUGGCCGUGCAUGCCCCCUCGCCUGCUGAGCGACCCCUCGUACAAGGGCCCACACGCCAAGGAGGCUAAGAGCUUUGGUUUUGUCGACACGGUCCACAGCAAUGACGGCGACAGCAGCGUGUGGACUACGAACAGAUUCUGUAACCAAUAUGCUGCUAUGCCGUCUCUGCACUUCGGUUACUCGUUUCUCGUCGGUCUUACAAUCGCCACGGUGCCCCUUCGGAAGCGCGGGCGCUUUGGCUGGCGCCGGCUUGCGAUUGUCGCGAUCGGCAUGGUUUACCCAUUUGUUAUCUUGUCGGCGAUUGUUGCUACAGCGAACCACUUCGUCUUGGACGCCGUCGCCGGUGCUACGGCUUGCAUAAUUGCGUGGAACUACAAUGAUCUUCUCCUCAACCUUCUCCCGCUUGAGGAUUACUUCCUGGCGCUUGUUCGGAUACAUAAACCUUAA